AUGAGCCAGGUCAAUACCAACGAGGACUAUUUGCAUCGCAUGGGCGUGGCUAGCGGUAGUGGUCGAGACGCCGCAGCUAUCGGAGGAAUGGUCAGCUUGUGGUUUGGUGGCUUUGCUAUCGCAUAUUGGAUGGAGUUUGGCUGUGUCAAAACGCAAUCACUAUCUUUCGCAUGGCGGUUCCCACUUGGCUUCCAGGUCGUCUUUCUCCUGUUUAUCCUGGCAGCCGCCCCAUUCUACCCAGAGUCACCGCGUCACUUGGCCAAGAUAGGCGAUCUGGAGGGUGCACGUUCUGUCCUGACACAAUGUCGUAUUGACACGGACGAGAACACCAUCGACGCAGAGAUGGACGAAAUUGUAUCUGCCAUCCGCGCCGAGGCAACUUCAACCUCGCACAGUUUCUACUCCAUGAUAUUCACAAAAGACAAACUGCACACCCGCCGGCGGGUCCUCCUCGGAUCUGGCGUCCAGGUCAUGCAGAAGCUAACCGGUAUCGAUUUCAUUGCCGUCUAUGCGCCGAAUAUGUUCGCACUCUCUGGUUUUAAAGGCGACAAGCCCGCUCUGCUGGCAGGAGGGAAUUGGUUCGGCUAUAUUGCCAGCCUAGCACUUUCAAUCUACCUAGCUGAUCGGGUUGGUCGACGAAAGAUGAUGCUGAUUGGGUGCUCACUCAUGGGCACUGUGUUGAUUGUGGGAGGUGUGUUGUCGCACGAGACAAUUUCUCAUUCGGAUAGAAAUCCAUCGCUGGCGACUCAAUACGGGUCUGGUGUCGCUGCUAUCUUAUAUAUUUACACGUUCAUAUAUGGUAGCACAUGGCUGACGACUUGGUAA